CACUUUCAAAAGUACUUUUUAAAGCUGCUUUUAUUAAGCCAAUCCAAACGGGCCUUACUCCGUCUAGUCCACUAUUCUAAAAAUAGAUUUUUCACUUUUGACAUAUCAUUUUCUAUUUCCAUAAUGAAGGAUUGUAAGUUGAAGUUCCACUUCCAAUUUGAUAGUUGCAUCUGCACUCAUUCACUCACCAUUAAAAUAAUAACUACUUAGUGAAGAAACGUUGACCCUUAAAACCUACGGCUGCCUAACGCAUAAUGCCUCACAUGCUUUUAACUUCCCCUUCUCCAUUUCCAUGCUUUUCCCACGGCGUUGCUGCUGCUGCUGCUAUUGUCAACUUUUUCACUUAUUAUCGACUUUUAUUCCCUUAAAGCUCCACAAAUCAUGAACCCCUUACUUUCACAAACAACAAUGAACUCCUUUCAAUCUAUUCUCUUCCAUUAUCUCCACAACAAGAAGGCAAAGCUUCUUGGGUUGUGGUUGAUUUGGGUAUGGGGUUUUAUCUUGAUUGGCGUCUCCUUUUAUGCUACUCAAUUUAUGCCAUUGCCAUCUUAUUUUAAAGGUCAGAUAAAGAAGACCAUGCUUUUCAAUGGUGAAUUGGUGGAUGGUCCUAGUAUUACCAUAUUUACAGCGCCAAGGCCUUUUGUGGGUACUGUUGGGGAAAGACAGGCUCUUGCUAUUCGAUCUUGGCUUGGCUUGUCACCAGAUAUUAGUGUUGUUCUUUUCAGCCAAGACUCUUCUGUUUUCUCCUUUGCUGAAUUAUUCAGUCACAGGGUAUCAGUUGAGCCUAACAUCGAUUUCACACUUCAUUAAAACUAUCAGACAUGCUCAUAGACUUGAUCAUGAUUGGCUCCUUUUUUCUUCAUCAAAAAGUGUGCCCCACUUCCCAUUUCACUUGGAUGCAGAUGGAAAACAUUGGAUCCGAGAUGAUGGAAGCCGAGUGAAGACCCAAAAGUUGCAGGAUUUCCUUUCACAAGAAUGGGAAUGGAACCUUUGUGAGGAAAAAAUGCUAAUAGCAUGGAACAGUGGAGAUCUUCCCUUGCAUAAAGGAGUCCUUCCCCCUUUUCUAUAUGGGAAGGGGCUUCAUAAUCGCUGGCUUAUAAAUGAAGCCCUGCUAUCUGAUUUCAGAUUUGUUUUUGAUGCUAGUUGGGCCAUUUCCAAUCUGUACCUUAAUGACCUUGGCCAGGAUUUCGAUCGCACCAGUGGCAAUUUUCUUGGCCUGGCUACUGGAAAAAGGUUUUGGGAAGUCGCUGGCAAUUCCAAUUUGGCAAUGCUUUAUGGAUCAUUAUAUUUCCAUGAACAGAACUUCUCUAACAUAUUUAGACUUUUUCAGUGUGGAGGAUACUAUCUCUUCAUAAACUCCGCACAAAUGGUUGUUUACCCUUUGAGUUAUAAAGGAUCAUCGAGUUUAGGAAAAGAAGUUAUGUUCAAGUCAACAAUAGAGAAGAAUACUUUAGAGUGCAUUGAUACUAUCAGAUCAACUGAGGGAGCUAAGGACUGCUCUGUGAAGAACUACUUGAAUGUGUCGAUGCCAAUUUCACUUUCCUUGUCUUUAGAAAUAUUACUCUCACUUCGUGCAGACAAAAAUAAGACAGUUGUGCUAGCAGUUGUUGGGUAUAGUUACAAGGACAUGCUAAUGAGUUGGGUCUGCAGGCUAAACCAUCUCCAGAUCUCUAACUUUUUGGUCUGUGCUCUUGACGAUGAUAUAUAUGAGUUCUGUGUCAUGCAGGGUCUACCCGUCUUCAAGUAUGCCAAUCUUGAGACGAAGAUCAGCUUUGACAACUGUCAUUUUGGCACUGAGUGCUUUCAGAAAGUAACCAAAGUCAAGUCCAGAAUGGUUCUGGAGAUACUGAAGCUUGGUUACAAUGUAUUAAUGAGUGAUGUUGAUAUUUAUUGGUUCAAGAAUCCACUCCCCUUGCUUAGCUCGUUUGGCCCUGCAGUUCUUGUGGCACAAUCAGAUGAAUACAAGUUGACAGGACCUAUAAACUUACCUCGACGUCUGAAUUCUGGGUUCUAUUAUGCUCAUUCGGAUGCUAUGACUAUUGCUGCACUUGAGAAGGUCGUGGAGCAUGCAGCAAACUCAAAUCUCUCUGAGCAACCAAGCUUCUAUGAUAUGUUGUGCGGGGAAGGUGGAUAUAAUCGCAUAGAUGACAGCAGAUGCUUAGAACCUCACACAAACCUGACCGUUCAAUUCCUGGACAGAGACCUCUUUCCAAAUGGUGCAUAUAAAGAUCUUUGGCAAGAAAGAAAUGUGAAGGAAGCCUGCUUGAUGAAAGGUUGUUUUAUCAUUCAUAACAACUGGAUUAGUGGGAGAAGGAAAAAGCUAGAACGUCAAGUGCCAUCAGGGCUCUGGGAGUACGAUAUGAGCACAAGGAUGUGUUUGCAGACCUGGCACAAAACAAAAUUUGUAUAUUUUUGAAACAGAAUAUACUUGGAUACUUAAUCAUGGAAGACUUUGGUUUUUGCCGGUUGAGGAGAAUACAAAGAGAUUUUAUUGUUGGGGGAUAUAAUUUUCUAUUUGGCCUUUGGAGUUAUCACUUAUCAUUUGAGAUAAUGUUAAAACUCAUAAUGGCUGGCCUAGAGAAACAAAAUAUGUUAUUAUGCUGGAGACUUGUUUAUAUAGAGAUAUCUGACAGCAACUACACUCCUAGUUUUCUGUUUCUGAUCCAAGAUGCUGGUAACUGUUGUAGGGGCCUUCUAAUUGCUGGAAAUGCUGAAGCUUUGUGGUAACAAGUCAGGAAGAGGCCAGAAUACUGACAGAGAAUCUGAAAAAAAGAAAAAGUUGAAGGAAACUGAUUCUUUUAGCCUGAGUUUGCAACUUAAGGAUAUCACAGUGCGGAUAGUUCAUCCUGGUGGGAAGGUAGAUAUGUACGACUGUGCCAUUUCUGCAGCUCAGUUAUUAAAGAACUAUCCAGGAAGGCAUGUAGCUCUGCCAGACUUCUUCAAUCGUCCCCAUGAAUCUCUUCUCACUGCAGAUGAUAUUCUAUUGCCUGGGCAAAAAUACUUAGUAAUCCCGUCUAGUAGUGUAGAGAAACUGAAGCAAAGACACACUCAUAAAGCAAAAUAUCCCACUGAAAUCGAGGAGCCUAAGUAUGAUCGGGAAGUAGUUGUGAAUGUAAACGGAGAUUGUUCAGAGGACUCUAUCACUUUCGCAAAGCACUUCUAUGCCUCCAAAGAGAAAUGGUCUGGUUGGUUAUGGAAGAAAAUGCAGCAGGAGAAGAAGCCAUUUGUACCUCCUAUCCCGACUCUGAAAUCAUGGAAGGAUUCGAGAUGGGAACCUAAUCUAGAGUCAAUAGAGGAGAUUUCUCCAUAAGUAUCCCUUUCACCUGGUUCUCAACCCGUUUAACUAGAACCAAAAACAUCUGGUAUGUCAAUUCUCUUAUGCUGUUUUAACUGCAAUGGUCUAUCUUUUGCUAGGAGAGUUCAUGGUCUUCUUGUAUCAGUUUUGCAAGAUUUGUGUUCUUUUUUCGUUCUUAUUUCUUAAUUCUUAUGAGUCAUUACUUUUAUUGGUUACAAAUGUUACCUGCUGGAAAACAGCUGGACAGACAAGGAAGGAGAAACCUUUGUACUAUGUAAUAUACCACAUAAACAUUCACAGCUCUGAAUAUCCAAGAAAUAAAAGUAUCUUCAUUUUUUAUAAU